UACAGAUUCACUCACUCCCCCACCACAAACCACCCUUCCAUGGACGUGAGCCGCCGCCACUUGGACGACAAUGCGUUCGACUUGCUGCCGACCGAGGAACAGGUGCUCCGUGUGGCCCUGGUCGUGCUCCUCGUUCUCCUCGCGGCGCUGUUUUCAGGGCUGACGCUGGGCCUCAUGUGUCUGGACAAGUUUGGGCUGCAGAUCGUCGUGGACGCCGGCGAAGACGCCCACGCGACCGAGGACGAAAAGACCAACGCCAAGUACGCCAAGAAGAUCCAAAACGUGCGCCAGGACGGCCACCUGCUUCUCACGUCUCUGCUCAUUGCCAACGUCUCGGUCAACACCAUCUUGUCGAUUAUGCUCGCGGAUAUGACGUCAGGGGUCACGGGGUUUCUCAUUUCCACUGUGGUGCUCGUUCUCUUUGGCGAACUCCUCCCACAAGCGCUGUGCUCCCGCCAUCCACUCUUUAUCGGGGCAAAGUCGCUGCCCAUCGUGUGGUUCUUUGUCGUGGUGCUAUAUGUGAUUGCCAAACCCAUUGCGUUGGUGUUGGACUGGAUGCUCGGCCGGGAAAUUGGCAACUUGUUCACGAAAAGAGAGAUUGGAAAGAUGCUCGAUAUCCAUGUCAAGCAAAACCUGCUGGACGCGGACGAGACCGACAUCAUGCGAGGCGCGAUGCACUUUAAAGCCAAGGUCGUAGCCAGCGUUAUGACCCCCAUCGACCAAGUGUACUCGCUGCCCACAACCACCAAACUCACGCUCGCGACUAUCCGCCACAUUUACCAGCAAGGAUACAGCCGCAUUCCAGUGUACCACAAGGACAUUCACGACAUUGUGGGGCUGAUCUUUGUAAAAGACUUGAUCUUUGCCGACCCAGCAGAAGAAACCACAUUGCUGCAUUUCGUGCAUGUGUUUGGUCGGGGGGUGCACCGGGUGUGGCCAGACUCGACGCUCGGCGAUGUACUGCAAGCGUUCAAGAUGGGCCGCACCCAUUUGGCCUUGGUACACGACGUCAAUAACGCUGGACCGGGAGAUCCGUUCUAUGAAACCAAGGGCAUUGUGACGCUGGAAGACAUUGUCGAGGAGAUUCUGCAGGCUGACAUUUACGAUGAAAGCGACCAGAUCGAUGCGGAUGUGACUCGAAAGAACCGCCUGAGCCACCGCAGCUACGACACGGGCGUGGACCGCGUCAUCUUGGACGACGACCGCACGAAAAAGCUGGCCAAACCAGAGGCAGAUGCACUGGCCAAGUAUUUGGUAGCGUCAGAGCCCGUGUUUCUUACGCCGGAUGCAAACGGUGUACCGUUGGACGUGGCCAAGGUGUCCAACCUGCUCAGUCAGAGCCACUUGCUGGAAUUUCGAGCUCAAGACAGUCCCCACGCUGAGCUUUUGACCCAAGGCAAGGCCACGAAUGGCUGCGUGAUCGUCUUGCAAGGCCAUGUGAUUGUCUCGUCUAGUACGUCGUCAUCCAUGUAUCUCCCUCGAGAUAGUGACCUCCUAUUGUGUCUUAGAUUCGGACAGCAGCACCAAGCGGGGUCUGUGGAGUCUGUUUGGGGCCCAUGCAUUGCUAGAGUGCGAUGCCGAGAGUGAUGUGACGGUGGACCUGCCGCCGGACGAGUACGUCCGCUGCGUCCGCGUCUCCCGCCUCGACUUUCAAGCCACUUUGUUCCCGAUGAACAUUGCCGAACAGCCGGCCGUGCUCGCGGAAAGGCGGCUCGAGAUUCAAAUCCACCAAGUCCACCAAGACCACAAUGGCAUUCAUCAUAAGCCACUGUCGCCAGUGUUUCACAGUGACCUCGACCAAUCCAAGGACACUGAUGUGCCAUAUACACUGGACAAUAGGGAAUCCAUGUAGUACAGUAGUUGAAAGGUACUAGUAGUUACCAGUAAUUGCUAUAGUAUCAUGUGUAGUACGUACGACGUCCGUCAUAGUAGUGUUCUAGUACAUACUAGUAGGAUGCACUCAGUCGACGACGACUCAAUCAGGUAUAUCAUAG